UUUCUCAGCACGCAAUUUCUCACACUGAAAGCAGCAAACAUGCCUGAAGGAGGAAAAGGAGGAGCACCCAAGAAAGGCUCUAAGAAAGCCGUCGCAAAGCUCGCCAACAAAGGUGGCAAGAAAAGGAGAAAGUCCAGGAAGGAGAGUUAUGCCAUCUACGUCUACAAGGUCCUGAAGCAGGUCCACCCCGACACUGGUAUCUCCUCCAAGGCGAUGGGCAUCAUGAAUUCAUUUGUGGGCGACAUCUUUGAGCGUAUCGCUGGUGAAGCCUCCAAACUGGCUCACUACAACAAGCGCUCCACCAUCAGCUCCAGGGAGAUCCAGACCGCCGUCCGCCUGCUCCUGCCCGGAGAGCUGGCUAAACACGCCGUGUCUGAGGGCACCAAGGCCGUCACCAAAUACACCAGCUCCAAGUAAACACUUCAACUGGUCAACAAACCCAAAGGCUCUUUUAAGAGCCACCCACAUCGUCUUCCAGAGCAAAUUCUCUAUUGUAUGUUUAUAAGCAG